AGAUUAAUCGAUGUCGAACACGAGCACGUCAUCCAUGCCCAGCCAACCGAACGAUAUGCUGCGCUGAGCUACGUGUGGGGAGGCUUUGAUCAACCCACUCUCAAGAAAGAUGAAAUAUCAUUCUUCCAGACACGUGGUAGUCUGUCAGCCCUGCAUCUGCGCCUUCCGAAAACAAUUCGAGACGCAAUGCGGAUUUGCGCCUCGCUCGGCAUACGCCAUUUGUGGGUGGAUAGUUUGUGUAUCGUCCAAGACGCUUUGGACGAAAUUGAGAACCAGACCGCUCACAUGGACUGGAUCUACAAGGCUGCAUAUCUCACAAUUGUUGUAGCUUCGGGGCGGGACUGCGAUUCAGGAAUCCCUUCAAUCCAACCCCGAGAAAGGUUCCAGCACAGCAUUAUCGUUGAGGGCGUCAAGCUCGCUACGGCUCCGACCAUCGAGCUAAUCGAGAAGCGUGUGCAAAACAGUGUUUGGAACACGAGAGCCUGGACCUUGCAAGAAUAUUCCCUCUCCCGCAGAUGUCUCGUUUUCACAACCCAGGAUUAUUAUCUCCAAUGUGGA